AGGAAGAGGACUUGCAGGAGCCGGAGCACAGAAAAGCAGGACGGCCUGGGCCAAGGUGGAGCUCACAACCCGCUCCUCUCGCUACUCCUGCGAGCAAGGAUCUUGCCUGUCUGUCCCGCGCGCCCACUGCGAUGUUUCGCCAGUGGUCGGUGCAGUCAGAACCAGCCCCAGGAAGGCCUGAAUCCCAGGCGGCCUCGGAGGAGCUGUGGGAGCAAGAAGUGGAGCGGCUAUGCGCCUCCCGGACGCCCGUGCGGAUGCUGCCCUACGCCAUGGCAGACAAGCGCUUCAUCCGGGAACUGCGGGAGCCCGAGGGGGUGAAGAGCUCCUGGUGGCAGCCGUGGUAUCGCCGGAGGCAGGUGGCGCGACAGCACCUGAGGGAGGCAGCACAACGGCUGGCCCGCGGCUUCAGGCUCUGGGAGGGAGCUCUCUACGAGAUUGGGGGCCUCUUCGGGACCGGGAUCCAAUCCUACUUCACUUUCCUUCGCUUCCUGCUGCUGCUCAACCUGCUGACCAUGCUGCUGACUGCUUGCUUUGUGCUGCUGCCCCUGGUCUGGCUUCGCCCCCCUGAGCCAGGCCCUGCCCUGAAACUAGCAGGCCUCCAGUGCCCCGGCAGCCCCCUGUCCCCGAGUGACAUUCCAAGUUUCCAUAACCCACUGUGGAAUAUUUUAACUGGCAGGGCCUUCAACAACACCUAUCUCUUCUACGGUGCCUACCGGGCAGGGCCAGAGAGCAGCUCGGCGUACAGCAUCCGCCUGGCCUACCUCCUUAGCCCGAUGGCCUGCCUCCUCCUCUGCUUCUGUGGGAUACUGCAGAGGAUGGCAGAAGGCCUACCACAGCAAACACGCUUGGGCCAGCGCUACAGGACACCCCUCAGCGCCAAAGUGUUCUCAUCCUGGGACUUCUGCAUCCGGGUGCGGGAAGCCGCCACCGUCAAGAAGCAUGAGAUCAGUAAUGAACUGAAGGUGGAGCUGGAAGAGGGCCGCCUUGCAGAGCUGGCUCAACAGCAGACCCGCGCCCAAAAGGCCUGCCGCCUGCUCACCUACCUGCGCACCAACACCCUCAUUGUGUUUCUAGUGGUCGGAGCCAUCAGCGCCAUAUUCUGGGCCACCAAGUACUCACAGGACAACAAGGAGGAGUCCCUUUUUCUGGUGCUCCAGUACCUGCCUCCUGGAGUCAUCUCCCUAGUCAACUUCCUGGGUCCCCAACUGUUCACAGUCCUGAUCCAGCUGGAGAACUACCCUCCCAGCACUGAAGUCAACCUCACCCUGAUCUGGUGCGUGGUGCUGAAGCUGGCCAGCUUGGGAAUGUUCUCCUUCUCCCUGGGUCAGACGGUGCUAUGCGUAGGCAGAAACAAGAGCAGCUGCGAGCCCUACGGCUACAACGCUUGUGACUACCAGUGCUGGGAGAACUCGGUGGGCGAAGAAUUAUAUAACUUAAUCAUCUUCAACUUCCUGCUCACCGUGGCCUUCACCUUCCUGGUCAGCCUGCCUCGGAGGCUGUUAGUGGAGCGCUUCUCAGGCUGGUUCUGGACUUGGCUGGACCGGGAAGAGUUCCUGGUGCCCAAGAAUGUGCUGGACAUCGUGGCUGCACAGACCGUUACCUGGAUGGGCCUCUUCUACUGCCCCCUGCUGCCACUACUCAACAGUAUCUUCCUCUUUCUCACCUUCUACAUCAAGAAGUACACCCUCCUGAGGAACUCCAGGACAUCCCCACGGCUUUUCCGGGCAUCGAGCUCCACCUUCUUCUUCCAACUGGUGCUGGUCCUAGGCCUGCUUUUGGCUGCAGUACCUCUGGCCUACGUGAUCAGCAGCACCCACUCCUCCUGGGACUGCGGUCUCUUUGCAAACUAUUCGGCCCCCUGGCAGGUGGUACCCGAGCUGGUGACCCUCCAGCUCCCACUUCCUGGCCAGCGUGCCCUCAGUUUCCUCAGCUCCCAUGCCUUCAGCUUCCCACUCCUCAUUCUGCUCAGCCUCGUCCUGACCGUUUGCAUCUCCCAGUCCCGAGCGAAUGCCAGAGCCAUCCAUGAGCUGAGGAAGCAACUGGUGUGGCAGGUCCAGGAGAAGUGGCACCUGGUGGACGACCUGUCGCGGCUGCUGCCGGAGCUGAGCCCAGAGCCUGAGUCAUCUCACUCUCGAGCUUCGCGUCCACGAUCCUUCUGCCCCGGAUUCCCAUGCCCAGGAUCGCCCGGCCCCAGGACACCCCGGCUGAGACCCUCCAACAGGCUGAGCUCCUCGAGCCUCGGAACCCCCAGUGCUUCGGUUCCCGCCUCCAGAUUUCACUUCCCCAGCAGCACAGAGCUGUAGCACCGACCCCACGUCCCUUGGCUCUGCCGCAGCUUCCUCCAGCGCCUCCUCCACUCCCAGCCCUUCCACCCCCUCCUUACGCCCACGA